AUGUUCGUGCGACGAUAUACGAUCGUUCUUCUUCUUAUCGUUCUGUUUGCCACUCUUCAUCUUCCAACUAAUCGCUCGAAAAUAUUAAAUGAACAAGAAUCAUCCAAUUGUUCGCAAUUAUGUCCUUAUGUGAUGAGUUUAUCGCACGACUAUCUUCAUUUUGAUUCACACCAUCUAACUCGACAUUAUCCUGACUUUGUUUGUCAAUUGAAUUUUCGUAAUAUGGCCGAUUGGGUUUACGGUUGGCCGUAUGGAUCUCACGAGCGAAUCGAAACAACAAGAAAUGGAAAACACAUUGCUCCGUGUCUACCUGACGGUAGUAUUAUCUAUGUUAGCAUUUGGGCGAUUGGCACAUUCUUCACAGAUGUUUAUCCGCAUCUUUUUCAUAGAUUUGUUCUAAUUACAGGUGAAGGUGAUUCAUCUUCACCGAUUCUCGACUAUCUCGAACGAGCCGAUUCGAAAAUUAUUCAUUGGUUUGGUCAGAAUGGCGCAAUCGCUAGUUCGACGAGCAAGAAAUUCACUCAUAUUCCAAUCGGUAUAAAGUUCAUCAAUGAAAAAUCGUUAAAAAACGACUUGCUUUUUUGUUCAAUAGGUCUUCAAUGUUAUGAAAUGGCCGAAGCAAUGAAAACGAUCUACAAAGAGCAGAGUAAUUACACACUACCACAACUAUAUGGCGAUAUAGACGAGCCGAUAAAGUACAUUCAACCAAUGGACAUGACUCAUCGAAUAUUGUUUAACAAAGAUAAUAUGUUGAGAAAAAAUCUUUUGCUCAUCAACUAUUUGUCGAAGAACGAUGAAACAGGAUUGCGCCGGCGUAUUUGGAAAGAUUUGUGCAUACAUAGGAAGAAAAAUCAAUCAUUUAUAAUGUGUCUCAGUAAAACUUCUGGUGUUAAUCCAUCAAAUCUUAUUGAUGUCUAUCGACGAAAUCGUGAACAUUCAUUCUGGUUAUCACCGCGUGGCAACGGUCUUGAUUGUCAUCGAACGUGGGAAGCCUUGUAUUUGGACAUGAUCCCUAUCGUUUGGAAUUCGUCGCUUAAUGUUCUUUAUGAAAACUUGCCUGUUGUUGUUAUUCAUGAUUAUAAAGAGAUUACAGAAGAAUUUUUGAAUGAGAAGUUGAAGAAAAUUUCGACGACGAAGUUUUAUCUAAUGAAACAAACGUACCGUAUGGAAAAAUUACGUAAUGCAUAUUGGCGUCGAUUAAUUUUAAGCAAAUCUAGACAUUCAAUAAAAGAGAUUAACAAACGAACGAAUGUCUGCUGGAGAGUAGCAAAUUCCACAAAAUCGUCAGUCUUCCCGUGGCAAAAAUAA